UGAAAAUGAUGAGAACGUAAAGCCUAAUUUGAAGAAAAGAGGAACAUCAAUAUCAAAAUUAAUGUGGGCCCUUGGCAGCUACAAUCCAAGCAUGGACCUCUGAUGGAUUCAUAUCACAGAUGUUUACAUGUCAUCAUUCAGUGACAUCACGUGACCAGGUAAACACGGAACAGGCUAGCCCAGCAGCAGCCAGCAGCCAGCCAGCAGAAAGCUGUCUGAACCUGAACACUGCAUUGAAGGCCAACGGAUCGGGCACUGCCAUAAAGAAACUGCUGUGCCCUGCUGUAGAAAACCCGUAAUCUAGCCAAUGCAAGACACAUUUACGUCCUCGACCCCUGUAACGUGGAUAACGGUAAACAGCUGAGAAGACUCCUCAUUUGUCGUAGGCACCCUCACACACCUAUUCUGUAUCAAUGGAGAAUGGAGACUGGGACUAUAUGAUGAACAAACCAGUGACCCUAAAUGUGGGUGGGCACCUGUACACCACCGCCAUGUCCACCCUUCAGCGCUACCCAGACUCCAUGCUGGGUGCCAUGUUCUGUGGAGACCUACCCACCACUCGGGACUCACAGGGGAACUACUUCAUCGACCGUGACGGGACCCUCUUCCAUUACAUUCUAAACUUCCUUCGCACGUCCGAGCUCAUCUUGCCAGUCGACUUCAUGAAGACGGACCUGCUGCGGAAAGAGGCAGAUUUCUACCAGAUAGAACCCCUCAUCCAGUGUCUGAACAACCCCAAGCCAGCUUAUCCCCCAGACACCUUUGAGCAGAUGACCAAACCGGUGACCCUAAAUGUGGGGGGGCACCUCUACACCACAACUUUGUCCACCCUCCAGCGCUACCCAGACUCCAUGCUGGGUGCCAUGUUCUGUGGAGACCUACCCACCACUCGGGACUCACAGGGGAACUACUUCAUCGACCGUGACGGGACCCUCUUCCAUUACAUUCUAAACUUCCUUCGCACGUCCGAGCUCAUUCUGCCAGUCGACUUCAUGAAGACGGACCUGCUGCGGAAAGAGGCAGAUUUCUACCAGAUAGAACCCCUCAUCCAGUGUCUGAACAACCCUAAGCCAGCUUAUCCCCAAGACACCUUUGAACAGGCGACCAAACCAGUGACCCUGAAUGUUGGUGGCCACUUGUACACCACCACCAUGUCCACCCUUCAGCGCUACCCAGACUCCAUGCUGGGUGGUAUGUUCCGUGGGGAUCUCCCCACCACUCGGGACUCACAGGGGAACUACUUCAUCGACCGUGACGGGACCCUCUUUCGUUACAUUCUGAACUUCCUUCGCACGUCAGAGCUCAUUCUGCCCGUCAGCUUCACAGAGCUGGACCUCCUGCGUAAAGAGGCCGACUUCUAUCAGAUUGAGCCUCUGAUAGACAGUCUGAACGAUCCCAAGCCCCUCUAUUCACUAAACGCCUAUGAACAGAUGAUCAAGCCCGUGACCCUAAAUGUGGGUGGGCACAUGUACACUACGACCUUGUCCACUCUCCAGCGCUACCCAGACUCUAUGCUGGGCGCCAUGUUCCGCGGAGACCUGCCCACCACGCGGGACGCUCAAGGAAACUACUUCAUCGACCGCGACGGGACCCUCUUCCGGUUCGUACUGAACUUCCUGCGCUCGUCCGAGCUCACGCGUCCCUUGGACUUCACGGAGAUGGACCUCUUGCGCAAGGAGGCGGACUUUUACCAGAUCGAGCCUCUGAUCCACUCCCUGAACGACACAAAGCCGCCGUACCCGCUGGACACCUUCGAGCAGGUAGUGGAGCUGUCCAGCACACGCAAGCUCUCCAAGUACUCCAACCCGGUGGCGGUGAUCAUCACGCAGCUCACCAUCACCACCAAGGUGCACGCCCUGCUGGAGGGCAUCUCCAACAACUUCACCAAGUGGAACAAGCACAUGAUGGACACGCGGGACUGCCAGGUGUCCUUCACCUUUGGCCCCUGCGACUACCACCAGGAGGUGGCCCUCAGAGUGCACCUCAUGGACUACAUCACCAAGCAGGGCUUCACCAUCAGGAACACGCGCGUCCACCACAUGAGCGAGCGGGCCAACGAGAACACGGUGGAGCACAACUGGACGUUCUGUAGGCCGGCGUACAAAGUGGAGGACUAGUGAGGAGGAGGUCCCUGUUACUUACUUACUUACUUACUUACUGGGGCCGGGCCAAACACACACAAGACGUCAGUGAAAUGACAACCCCACGCCUAUCAUGGAAAUACAACUUAUAUUUGUAUUAAAUUGGGUUAAAAUCCUUGACAAGCUUUAGUUGUUUUUGAGGUUUUGUUGGGUAGAAGAUGACACCAAAUACAGAUGAUUGUUGGCUAUGUUUGGCCAUGUCCCAUUAUGGCCAUGUGGUGCUGUGCCAUUGGAGGCUCUUGAUAACUGACUGUAGUGACAACAACAUAUGUGUCAACACACUUUCUUCUUACUGGCAUUGCCUGGUAUUUGGUGUUAUACGAACACUUUUUUUUAAUCGGAAUUUUGAGAACCAAGUACGAAGUCUUAAUGAGCUUUUUAAAAUGAUGAUGUGUGGGACAUAUCCUGCUCUUAAGCCCUUCAUUGAUGGACACCUCAUGUUGUACAAAAAUAAUAGCUAGUAAAAUAUUAUUUGGCAGGAAAGAACAUUGGCUUCAAAACACAUAAAAUGCAGUGUUGAAUCAUGGUGAACUUUCUUUUUUAAGAGAUUUCAGUUACUUGUGACCCCCCUGCUUAAAUAACAACCUUGAAUGGUGAUACUGUCAGAAAAUGUAAAAAAUGGAGUUGCUGGAAAGUACAUUACAUUGUAAUAGGAGUAGUGCGUAUUGGCUGUAUGUACACUUGACCCGUAAAUAAAUGGAAAUGGCUCUGACA